AUGGCGGUGUACAAGUACGCCCCGGUGGCUCAGGAUGAACGCGAGAAGGCGGCGGCAUCGGAGGCGGCGAGAUCGUCCUCCUUCUCUUCCCCCAGCGGGGGAGGGGGCGGGAUCGGCCCCCUGGGAGUUCCGCACCGCCGCGGAGGCGGUGACGGGGACGGGGACGACGGGGACAGCCUCAUCUCCAAGCGCAUGCCCUACUGCAUGGCCAUGCUCGUGCUCCUGGCCAUCGUCUACGUUCUGGCCAGGACCGAGAAUGCUGCUUGCGUGUGCCCAAGCCUGGCCGACAAGCCCACGAUCCCAGUGGCCGAGCUGGACGGCGGCGAGUCCGGCGCAGGCGGCUGGUCCUCCGCCGACAUCCCCGGCGUUCCGACGCCUCCUGUAUCACCACCGGCGGCUGCGGCGCAGUGCGAGCCGUGCCCCUCCUGCCCCGUGUGUCCGGCGGCUGCGCCGGCUGUGCGCGGCGGCGGUGUGGCGGAGCUGACCUGCGCCGACUUCGACGUGGGCAAGUGCCGGAAGGAGAGCUUGGAGCAGACGACCCCGCACAUCAUCGAGUGCUCAGAGGCUGGGGAAGGCGGCUCUCAGGAGGUGUGCCACCUGCCCAGGCCCCAGCGAUACGCGGCCGUGGGGCAGAAGGGUGCUACCCUGUGGAUGACCGGUCUCAGCGGCAGCGGCAAGAGCACCAUCGCGAAGGCCCUCGAGGAGGAGCUGGUGCUGAGGGGAGGCAAGCACGUCUACCGGCUGGACGGGGACAACAUCCGCACCGGGCUCAACCGCGACCUUGGCUUCUCGGAGGCGGACCGCGGAGAGUCGGUCCGACGCGUGGGCGAGACCUCCUGCCUCUUCUCCGACUCGGGGACGAUCACCAUCGUGUCUCUCGUCUCUCCUUACCGAGAUGCCCGCGAUGCUGUCCGCAAGAGGCACGAGGACCAGGGCAUCCCCUUCUUCGAGGUCUUCCUAGACGUGCCCCUCGAGGAAGUGCAGAGGCGUGACCCCAAGGGACUGUACAAGCAGGUGGAGGAGGGCAAGCUGAAGGGCUUCACCGGGGUCGACGCACCGUACGAGCCCCCCCUCAACGCCGAACUUCGCCUUCCCAACAUGGAGAUGACGAUCCAGGAAUGUGUGGACGCCCUUAUCCGUGUCCUUGAGGCUGGCGGAAUCCUCACUGGGGGCCCCUCAGACCCGAGUGGCCUACCCAUGCCCGACGGCGAUGAGAUCAUCGACCUACACGUGGCCCCCAGCGAAAAAGCAGCGUUGAUGGCGUUUGCCGAGACUCUUCCCAAGGUUCUCAUCACCGACAUCGACCUCAACUGGCUGCAGGUGAUCGGAGAGGGCUGGGCUUCGCCUCUCAAGGGCUUCAUGCGUGAGGGCGCUCUGCUCCAGACGAUCCACUUCGCCUCUUUGCUUGUCGACCCCGCAAACACGACCGGGCACUACAACUUCAACGAAAUGGACACGGCCUUCGACGCUCUUCCGACCCACCGCCCCCCCAACCGGGUUAGCAUGUCGGUGCCGAUCGUGCUGCCCUGCACCGGCUUCACGAAGGAGUCGCUCGAGUCGAGCGGGAUGACGUCGGCUGCCCUCGUCACCAAGGACGGCGAUAUCGUUGCGGUCAUCAACGACUUCGAGAUCUACGCCAACCGAAAGGAGGAGAUCGUCUCGCGAGUGUUCGGUGUCAUCGACCCCGGACACCCGUACAUCGCGCACAUCUACUCGGGCGGGGACUGGCUCAUCGGUGGAGAAAUCCAGUUGCUCGACCGCAUCAGGUACAACGACGGCCUCGACAAGUGGCGCCUUACGGCCACCGAGGUUCGCGAGGAGUUCGCCAAGAAGGGGGCCGACGUGGUGUAUGCCUUCCAGACCAGAAACCCCACACACGCCGGCCACGCCUACCUCAUGCGUACGGCCGGGGAGAAGCUCAGGGACCAGGGAUUCAAGAACCCGGUUCUUUGGCUGUCGCCCCUCGGUGGCUGGACCAAGCCCGACGAUGUUCCCCUCGAUGUCCGCGUCAAGCAGCACGAGGCGGUGUUGGCGGAGGGGAUGCUUAACCCCGACACGACCGUGAUGGCCAUCUGGCCGAGCCCUAUGAUCUACGGCGGCCCGACCGAGGUCCAGUUCCACGCCAAGAGCAGGAGGUCCGGAGGCGCGAGCUUCUUCGUUGUCGGGCGCGAUCCUGCCGGCAUGAAGGGCUCCCCCGAGGCUCAGGCUGCACCGGAUGACGACCUCUACGACGCCGAGCACGGGCGUUACGUCUUGUGGAUGAGCCCGGGAGUCGGCAGCAUGAAGAUGCUCGAGUUCAGCCAGGUGUACUAUGACAAGAAGACCCACACCAUGACCGCGCCUGACCCAAGUCGACAGGACGACUUCAUCUCCAUCUCUGGGUCAAAGAUGAGGCAGCUCGCCGCCCAGGGAGCCAAGCCUUGCCCGAACGAUAUCCCGUCGGACCUGCUCGCGGCAAACUGCAUCCCCCCGGGCUUCAUGGUGCAGACGGGUUGGGACAUCGUGUGCGACUACUACCAGAACGUGGACACGAAGGAGUGGGUCCCGUGGUCCAAGCCCGUCAUCGAGCCCCCCAUCGCCCCCCACACCAACGCCGACGGCACCUUCGGCACUGCCCCCUUCCAGCUGGGCUUCACCGACCCCACCACCGCCAAGCCGGCGUCUCCCUGGCACGACGUGCCCCUAGACCCGGGUCUCGGGGACGGUGUGUUCCGGUUUAUCGUGGAAAUCCCCAUGUACCAGACGGCCAAGAUGGAGGUGAUGAAGGACGUGGCGUUCAACCCGAUCAUGCAGGACGAGAGCAAGGGGAAGCCGAGGUACUACACGUACGGCGUGCCGUUCUUCAACUACGGGCUUCUGCCGCAGACGUGGGAGGACCCCUUCCUCAAGGACAAGGAAGGGCACGGGGGUGACAACGAUCCGCUGGAUGUGAUGGAAGUGGGAGACGGGCCUUUGGUGAUGGGCACCAUAGUGGCCGUCAAGGUUCUUGGAUCGCUUGAGCUGAUCGAUGAGGGGGAAACCGACCACAAGAUCAUCGCGCUGAGAGUCACGGACCCCAACGCGGCCAACAUCAACAACAUGGACGACCUGGAGAGGUAUAAGCCCGGCAUGACUGCCCGACUGGUGGACUGGCUCAAGAUGUACAAGACCUCGGACGGAAAGCCGCCGAACUCCCUUGCUCAGGAUGAGCCGACGACGGUGGACGAGGCGCUAGCCGUCAUCCAGCACACGCAUGAGCGCUGGCAGUCCCUCAUGGCCGGACAGGCGGAGCACGACGAGGACUUCUGGCUCGGAGAAACACCAGAAACGGCGGCAGGGGACGGCUGGUAGAAAUCUCCCGGGGUCGGGGAUGAUGGUUGAGAUUCCCCGGGUUAUGCUGUCUUUUUGCCGUGUUGUUGGUGUCGAUGUUUGUGGUCUUCGUCUUCUACUCACCCUCUCAGGCCGAGAGCCGGAACACGGGGUAGUAGGAGGGAAUUCGGUUCCGCGUAUGAUGUUGCGGGGAGUUCUCUCUGCCAGCAAGGCGUUUCGGUUGGUUGGCCGCUUUCUACCCGUUGCUGUCGGAAAAACCACCCUAAAGGUGGAUGCUGGACGGAAAAUUCAACGGCCUAUGAAAGUAACGGUAGUAAUGUUUUUAUGGCGUGGAUUUCACCCGGGUUUCCUCCUCGCUGCUUGUGGCGCGAGGGGCUGUCGUCGCCUUUCUGUGUCCGGAGGAGGUUUAUGGCGCCCACCCCCCCGGAGCGGGCCAUGUUGCAAUCUCGAUUUUGGUAACAGCUUGGGGGUGUGACCGAAAGAGAGAAGGGGAGGGCUCAGGGCCUGUUGUUUGGCCAGUCUUGCACCGCCGAGACGAAGCUAACGCGGGGGACGGCAUGCAACGCCGGAGCUCUAAUCAGGAAGCUUCCAAGAAACUUCCGAGAAGCUUUUGGGGUGUUUCGUUGCGGCCGUGAAAGGCGGUAGUACCGUAGUAGUGGUGGUAGGAGCAGUGGUGGGUGAAGCGUGUGUGCCUUCCUUGUCUAUAGCGGCUGCUCGCUGCUGGUUUGUGGGUUGAUAUCGCGGGCCCCUCGUGUGGUCGUUGUUUUAAUUCUUUUGCUGCAAUCUUCAGUUUGUGUUAUGUUUUGUUUUGUUUUUUGGCGACGGAUUUUCUUUUCUUUUCUCCCUCGUACGCAUAACUCGGCACUAUUUCUUGUGCUUGUGCUGCUGCUUCUGCUCCUUCCUCCUCCGGCCUUGCCUGUUUGCGACCGCCCCACCACGGUGGGAUGGAAAUGGCGGUGAGAUGCUUCGGUGGGGGUGUGGUUUGGUGAUGCGAGGUGUCGAGGCUGCAGAACGCAGCUGCAGAGACCAGAAGAUUACGUAAGGAAUGAUGACUAAAUACUUACUCGAGACUAACGAGGAAGCCACUUCCCUGCCUUUGUUUUUUGUUUUUUUCUGGAGUAUACUACGAUGGAACUCCGUUUGAUUUUUUGUUUUUCGUCGUCGUGGUCGGGUCGUCGCAGACUUGUCAGUCAUGGUAUCCAUCCAUCAAUCAAUCCGUAACGUUUCCAUCUCC